AAAUACUACCUUUGUGGCUUUUGCCCAGCUGAACUAUUUACAAAUACCCGUUCUGAUUUAGGUCCUUGUGAAAAAAUUCAUGAUGAAAAUCUACGUAAACAGUAUGAGAAGAGCUCUCGGUUUAUGAAAGUCGGCUAUGAAAGAGACUUCUUACGCUAUUUACAAAGCUUACUUGCAGAGGUAGAACGCAGGAUUCGAAGAGGCCAUGCUCGUUUGGCACUGUCACAGAACCAACAGUCUUCUGGGGGAGCGGGACCUACUGGUAAAAAUGAAGAGAAGAUUCAGGUGUUAACUGACAAAAUUGAUGUACUUCUACAACAGAUUGAAGAACUAGGUUCAGAAGGGAAGGUGGAAGAAGCACAAGGAAUGAUGAAACUUGUUGAACAGUUAAAGGAAGAGAGAGAAUUGCUGAGGUCUACAACUUCAACAAUUGAGAGCUUUGCAGCCCAAGAAAAGCAAAUGGAAGUUUGUGAAGUUUGUGGAGCCUUUUUAAUUGUAGGAGAUGCACAGUCCAGGGUAGAUGACCACUUGAUGGGAAAGCAGCACAUGGGUUAUGCCAAAAUAAAAGCUACUGUAGAGGAUUUAAAAGAAAAAUUACGGAAAAGAACAGAAGAACCUGACCGUGAUGAGAGGUUAAAAAAAGAGAAACAAGAACGAGAAGAGAGAGAGAAAGAGAGGGAACGGGAAAGAGAAGAGAGGGAAAGGAAGAGACGACGUGAAGAGGAAGAAAAGGAGAAAGAGAGGGCUCGUGAUAGAGAGAGACGUAAAAGGAGUCGUUCACGGAGUAGACAUUCAAGCAGAACAUCUGACAGAAGGUGCAGCCGUUCACGAGACCACAAAAGAUCAAGAAGCAGAGAAAGAAGGCGAAGCAGGAGUCGUGACCGAAGAAGAAGCAGAAGUCAUGAUAGAUCAGAAAGAAAACAUAGAUCUCGCAGCAGGGACAGGAGACGGUCAAAAAGCCGGGAUCGGAAAUCCUACAAGCACAGAAGCAAAAGCAGAGAGAGAGACCAAGACAGGAAGUCAAAAGAAAAAGAAAAGAGGGGAUCUGAUGAUAAAAAAAGUAGUAUGAAGUCCAGUAGUCGAGAAAAACAGAGUGAAGACACAAAUACAGACUCGAAGGAGAGUGAUACUAAGAAUGAGGUCAAUGGGACCAGUGAAGACAUAAAAUCUGAAGUGCAGCGUAAGUAUGCACAGAUGAAGAUGGAGCUAAGCCAAGUAAGAAGACAUACUAAAGCACCUUCUGAAGGAAAAGACAGUGUAGUCCUGCAAAACAUUUUGAGCGUUGGUGUUGUGAGCGGCCCAUGAAAAAGCCAAAUUAAAAAUCAAGGAUUCAGUCAAACUAAGCAGGUACUCAUGCCAGGUACUCCUUUCUCUACCCACAUCCAUGUUUGAAUGCUGUUGCCUGUAAUCUUUAAGCUUACUGUUGUGUUUUUGAUUUUCAAGAUAGUGAAAAGGACUUUUUGUGUAUUGUGUGAAUACUGUAAAUCUGAUGUUAACAGAAUGGAAUUUUCUUUCAACUGUGUGUAGGGAUGCAGUGCUGCCCAGAAUUAGAUAUCUUUAAAGAGUUUAAAAUGCAAUAAACACUACAUAAUAAUCGCCUUGUUACUUUCAAUGCAAUUCAAGUCUUUAAGAGGUAUGUGUUUAAUAUUUCCUACGGUGUAGGAGAACUUGCAGUCAGCCAGAGUGCAGAGCAGCAGAAUGGCUGAUAACAGACUUCUAAGGGCAAAUGUAGAUACAAAGACAGAUGCCACCAGAGGAUGGCAGUGUUCAUGGCAAGAAUGUAUGCUGAAACGCUGUUUGUUGGAAACGAAAUGGCUAAGGAAGAGGAAACACUGUCUUGAGAGGAAAAUGUGAAGUGUUUUCCCCACUCCUGACUUUCUUACUCUUACAGAAGGUCUUUAGUUGUAUUCCUGAAAUAAGGAACUAACAAUGGAGAGUACAGCUGAUAAAUGAGCUGCUUGCAACGUACUGUGUUACUGUAGUUGCGUUAUUUAUGUUAGGAACUCCUAAGCACCUAAUGUUGGUCGUUAAACCAUUAAUGCUACCUUAUUGCUUCUAAAGCCAGUCACGGUCAGUGUGGACGUUUUUGUAGAGUUAAGAUGACAGCUAACAACGGGGCCAAUGUAUAGGAGUGCUACACUGAAUGCUCUUAAUGCUGUCUAAUUGUCUGUUUGUCCAAAAUUUUGCAUUAUAGGACUACUGUGUGAAGAGUCUGCGAAGACAGCGGAAGACAGCUUAAACUGAAGAUCUGCUUUAAAAUGAGGUGAAAGAAAGCUGUAGUGGCGUAGAAAAAUAUAAAGUUGAGUUAGACUUUUUUUUUUUAUAAAAUUUAAUUCAGGACUGGUGUUUCCUCCCAGAGUUCAGAGAGGCGUGUUGAUAAUAGCACAUAUGCUACUGAGAGUAUAAGUCCUGUAUCCUUUUUGUUUUUCUUUAAGACUUUUUAAGAUAAGAAACCACCAUAACCUGAACACAUGGCUUGCUCAGUGUUUAAUUGCAAAGUUUUCAUUCUUGGACUUUAAAACACAAGAAUAAAUGUUUAGUAUUUGUGUGACUCGAACUAAAAUGAAUCCCAUUUUUACAACUAAGCUAUUCCUAGCUUCUUGAUAUACGAGAAAUGGAAAUAAAGUAUCUUGAAUUUCUGUUACAAA